AUACAUCGGGCGGACCCGGUUCAGACUUCAGUUGUCAUCCGUCCUCUGGACAGAACAGACGUGUUCUUUUUCUCCAUCCAAAUUCCGCACACAAACAUUCGAUUUAUUUUCUCAUCCGCCGUGUUUGUGUGUUCACAGCCCAUUCCGGAUUCGUUCAAGCGUUCAUUGAUUGGAUUAAAUCAUCUUUCCUCCCCUCCCCAAAGUGUUUCUGUUGUUUCAAAUUCAAAUUCAAGAAAAAAGAAAAAAACAGAAAUGGCCCAUUUCGCAUCGCUGUUGCUGAUCGUGGCCGGCGUGUGUUAUUACGCCAGAGCGGCCGUGAUCGACACGGACAGCCCGUCGCCGGCCAGCCAACGGUUGGUGCCUGUAUCUCGGCAUUCCGUCGAUUCCAGCGAAAUGUUUGCGUCGGCCCAAAAAAGGCCAAUGGAAACGAUCGACGACCUGAUGAACGCCCUGGCCCAGGUGACCAAAUCCAAAGACGAGUUGAGGUGUCACUGCAAUCUGCCCGUCUGUGUCACGACCGGCUACAUGUGCAAGUCGGCCAUGGGAACGUGUUUCUCGGAAAUCGUCGACCGUAGUGACUUGUCGAGAUCACGACACGGAUGCCUCGAACUGUUGAGCAGCGAUCAUCAGGUGUGCCACAGCAGUCAAGCUCACGGCAACGGCCGUCACGCUGCUGGCCAUCAUCACCUUCAUCCUCAACGACCCCUGGUCCUCUGCUGUCAGGACGAUCUGUGCAAUUACGGGGCCCAGCAAGUCCAGCUGCGACUCGACUCGGCCGUCCAGACCCACGGCGGCCACCGCAACGACUCGACAUCUUCCAAUUCUGGCGUGCAUGAACCAAGGACAGUUGCCAUGGAGACUCGAUUCUUCGGAGACGGCCAGCCAGUUGGAAGCGGAAAUGGCGGCCAGGAUUUGUGGCUCAAAGCGGCUACCAUCGCAGUGCCAAUCGCCGGCGGAUGCAUCCUCGUCCUGCUCGUCCUCUUGGCCAUCCGCAUGCUGCGCAGGGACCGGGAGAACAACAACGACAUGCUGACGGGCAACAGCUACACGGUGCCCAUCCACCGCAACGACUUCCAGAUCCGCAGCGUCUGGGGUAAGAGCCGGCAGAUCCAGCACGAGCCGGCCUACCAUCACGUCCCCCAACAACAACAACAACAUCAACAACAGCAGAGAUCCGGACAGUGGAAGGACUGCCAGUUGUCCAUGAUCCAGCAGCAACAGCAGCAACACUACCGCCAACAACACCAACAACAGCACCGCCACCAUCCGCACCAGGCGGCCCCGCUUCUCCACGCUCCGCACAACAUCGUCUACUUGCCCACCGUGCAAAAGAUCACCCCACCCAAGAGGAUCAUGUGGAACAAGAGCUGCAUUUUGGCCAAAAAUCCAGCCAUCCAACACCUUUGAAAUCCUCUCGAUUUUUUAAUGAACAACAAGUCCGCCACUAGAUGGCAGCAACAAAAGUCAAUUCAAAUCUUUUUCUACAAAAAAAAUGAGUUUUUACGAUGAUUGAUUCACAAAUGUAAAAACUCGAUUGAUCGUAUCGCGUCGAUCAAUCAAAUAUUGAAAAAACAAAAAACAAAAAAAAAACAAUUAUCAAAUUAUUUUUCCUGUAAAUAACGGUCAUCCAUUUCGAGCUCUUGGUGAUUUGUCGUAAAAGAAAAUUUUGUUCGUGUCAUUUUUUCCUCUUUUCGAUCGUCAUUCAGAAAAAAAGUUUAACCCUCACCCCCUCCCAACACUGUCGUUGUACAUAGAAAAUUAAAAAAAAGUAUCGCGAGUUUUAUUGUCUAAGACCCAAAGUGUAGACAAUACAAGAAAUUAAUUAUUGA